GGUCGAGAGACAGACAUGGGCCGGAAAUGUAUCAAGGAGGCCCAAAAUUCAUUUCGUCCCAGGUUUUAGCGAAAGACGCUGUAUUAGCCGACUCGCUGCCGUACCGGCGAUUCCUCUGCGCUUCUUCACUUCAACACAGCUCUUCUCAACAAAGUCCCAAAGCAUGCGCAGAUCUCUACUGACAAUCCGCUUGCAGUCAAUUGCACAGUCAUUUUGUAAAUCAAAGAGACAAAAAACUGUUGCUGACAAACUUGAAAACUUCCGAGCUUUCACAACCUCGACUGGUCGUGGUUGUUUAGGGUAUGAGGGGAAACCAUUUACGAGGUCAGUGCAGGUGCAAAUUGUUAAUGCUCUUCGCUGGGGUGAGAGAAGUAGAGCUUCCAGUCUGCUAUUAAAUCUUGGCUGCGGAAACCGUUCGUUAAGAGCUGAUGAUUUUCUUUAUAUCCUUGAGUAUUGUUCGCGGUCACCUGAUCCAUUGUUUGUCAUGGAGACUUGGAGAAUUAUGGGGGAACAGGAAGUUGACAUUGAUGAAAAAAGCUACCUUCUUAUCAUCCGAGCCCUUUGUAAAGGGGGUUACCUGGUGGAGGCAUUUAAUCUAAUAAAUGUUCUUGGAGAAAAUCAUGAUAUUUAUCCUAUUCUGCCUAUGUACAACAAUUUUUUGGGGGCUUGUGCUCGAAUGAAUAGUUUAAAUCAUGCCAAUGAUUGUUUGGAUUUGAUGGAGAGCAAAUUGGCGGGGAAAAAUGAAGUAACACAUGCAGAGCUUCUCAAGCUUGCAGUUUUGCAGCAAAAUUUGUCUGCAGUCCAUGGUAUUUGGAAGGAGUAUAUCAAAAACUAUAGUCCCAGCAUUAUCUCUCUUCGAAAGUUUGUAUGGUCCUUUACAAGUUUGAGAGAUUUGGAAUCUGCAUAUGAAAUCUUGCAGCAUAUGGUGGCUUUGGCUUUCCGGGGAGGCUUUGUUAUCGCGAAAACUUCUGAAGGAAAGUUGUAUACUUCUAGAUUGGACAUUCCUAUACCUUCCAACAAUCACUGGAGCUUGAAAAGAUGUAGCAAGGAGAAUGAAAACUUUGAAAUCUCUAUCCAAACAAACUGUAAGGAAAUAGAUACUCACACGAGUACCAGUGGGCAAUGCGCUGUUCUUUGCAUGGGAAGGAAAGAAGUUGAGAAUUUUGGGCCGAGUAUGCUAAAGAAACAUAUAAGUGUGCCUGUCAUGAAAAUCUUGAGGUGGGCUUUUAAUGAUGUGAUACGUGGUUGUGCACAAACUUUAAAUUGUCGAUUGGCAGAGCAGUUAAUUUUACAGAUGCAAAAUCUUGGUGUGGAACUGUCGUGCAAUACAUACGAUGGCUUCAUGAGAGCCAUUGUUUCUGAAAAGGGUUUCCAUGAAGGUCUGGAAAUGUUAAAGGUAAUGCAACAGAAGGAUUUGAAGCCAUAUGAUUCCACUCUUGCAACCAUAUCCGUAGGUUGCAGCAAAAGUUUAGAACUCAAUUUAGCUGAGGCAUUACUGGAUCAAAUUUCCAAAAGCCCUAGUGUUUAUCCUUAUAAUGCUUUUCUUGAAGCAUGCGACAGACUGGAUCAACCUGAACGUGCUGUACAAAUAUUGGCUAAAAUGAAACAGAUGAAGCUUCAUCCAGAUAUCAGGACAUAUGAGCUAUUGUUUUCUUUGUUUGGUAAUGUGAAUGCACCGUAUGAAGUGGGCAAUAUGUUGUCACAGGUGGAGGUUGCUAAAAGGAUACACGCUAUAGAAUUGGAUAUGGAAAAAUACGGCAUUCAGCACAGUCUUUUAUCAAUGAAGAACUUGCUGAAAGCACUUGGAGCAGAGGGAAUGACAAGGGAGAUGAUCCAAUACUUGCGUAUGGCAGAGAAUCAGUUCUCUCUUGGGAACUCUUAUCUGGGAACACUGAUUUACAAUACGGUCUUGCAUUCUCUAGUUGAGGCUAAAGAAAGUCGCAGUGCUUUGGAAAUUUUUAAAACUAUGAAAUCAUGUGGUUUUGUGCCAGAUGCUGCUACAUAUACUAUUAUGAUUGAUUGCUGCAGCAUUAUAAGAUGUUUCAAAACUGCUUGUGCUCUAGUUUCAAUGAUGGUGCGUGAUGGUUUUUAUCUACAGGCAGCAACUUACACUGCUCUUUUAAAGAUUCUGUUGGGAUGUGAAGAUUUCAAUGGAGCGUUAGAUCUUCUGGAUCAAGGAAACUUAGACGGAAUCCAACCUGAUGUACUGUUAUUCAACACCAUUCUUCAAAAAGCAUGUGAAAAGGGAAGAAUCGACAUAAUUGAGCUUAUUGUCGAACGGAUGCACCAAGAAAAAAUCCAGCCUGAUCCAUCAACUUGCUCCUUUGUGUUCUCUGCUUAUGUGGACCGUGGUUUUGACAGCACGGCUGUGGAAGCAUUGCAGGUCCUGAGUAUGCGAAUGAUAUCUGAAGAGGAUGUCACCCUCGAAGAAAAGAGAAUGGAAUACGAGGAGGCUUUUAUCCUUGCUGAAGACUUGGAUGCUGAAUCACGAAUACUUGAGCUUUUCAAAGAUUCCGAGGAGAAGAUUGCUGCUGCACUUCUGAAUUUAAGAUGGUGUGCCAUAGCUGGAUUCCCAGUUUCAUGGUCACCGAAUCAAACUUUGUGGGCCACGAGGCUUUCAAGUAAUGUAUUGACAAAUGUCGUCUGAUCCUUCAUGGUUAAGAGAACUCAUUUGGUUUAAAGGAUGAUUAUCGCUUACUUGAGGAGCUGAUUCAGAUUAUUGGUGGUGGUUCCUGCUUGGAAAGUAGAAUAGCCAUUUUAAGUCAUGGCUAGAAAUAAAAAACACCACGCCUCAGAAUUGCUGAUUCUGUAGAAUUUCUAGAGUAAAGCUGCCAGUAGGCUUGCAUUGCCUAAGAAGUGCUGAUGUUCACAAUCUAUAUAAGCAUGGGAGAGGUAUUUGAUCCAGAAGGCAAAUAAUGUGCACCCUUACCCGCCAUUGCGUUCAAGGACUCAGUUCUAUAAAAUUGACAAGGCAACCUUUUUUGGGUUUCGGUAUGGAGGUGGCUUUUGGAACAAGUCUAUCGUAAAGAGGCUUUUACUGUAAGUUCGCGAGCUCGUCCAGGAUCGAGGGGGCACAGCCUCAUGUGAUGGCAAGAGCUCCACAUGAGUGCACUUAGCACUAGCUUUUUCCUUUUGUAACUUAUGUUGUAAUUUGCAAGAUUAUAAAAUGUAUAUUUGGUUUCCAGAAGCGGUUCUAUAUCCAUCUAUAUCGGAUAAAGGCAAGGAUGAUGAAGAAGAAGAAGCAGGUUGUGUAGGUUUUCUUUGUUGUUGUUUUUAUAUUGGUGAUAACUGGUAUCAAUAUAAAGAGAGGGAUUCCUUUUCUGUUUU